UUUUUUGUUCAGGUAUAGGUACGAGUAAUUUAAAUUCAUGAGUUCUCAACGUUAUGAUAUCUUGUUGGGAACGUUGUGCGGCUGUGCGCAUGCAUCAGUUUGCAUUUUUUGCUAUUCCCAUAAGUGAUCAUGUUUCAUCACUUCAACAAUUCUCGAAUGUUUUAACCGUAGUUUAUACUGAUAACUCGAAGAUAUAGUUACUUGAAUGAUCGUUUCUUUUUCCAAUAUCAUAUCAGUCGAAUUCGCCGGUAUGUUCGUGAUAUUGCUACAGUAUUAUUAUGGUUCUAUGAAGUCUUAAGAGUAUAAAUUGUCGUGUUUUUAAUUACCUACCAUUAAGAAGGCCUGAAUCCCGUCCUGAUUUACUUUCCGAGUUCUGAUUUUCCAGAUAAUUCAAGUGUCUGCUACCUUACCUAAUCGGUAGUGAUAGUCGCAGCAAGAUGAACGAUUCGCCGAUGGAAUUGCAAUGUUUGGCAGCAAAAUGUGUAUGCGUUCGGCUGUUACACGAAUGGGCCGAGGGCGAAGCGCCCAUAAUCGACGUUUGGAAAAAAGGUAACGGCUACGAUACUUGCUCAUCUCACGACUGGUUCGUAUGGCAAUUAUACGAAAUGGAAGUACCUCAAUUCGCCAAUACACCCAAUAAAAUUCGAUACCAAAUUGAAGAUAACAUGGUAUCGAUUUUGGAACAAGUCGUGACUUGGAUCCAGGAUCAUCACGGUGUGAAUUUCUUCCACGAUCAACCAUCGUCUUCGCUGAGCGAAUACAUCGUUACUCUGGUUUGGAAUCAUCAUUUUAAAAUCGACUACGCUGCCACCGCGAAAAACAUGCUAACCAAUGAGAAGCUGAGUCCAUUGGAGAGGUUCAGAUUCGCGAGUACUUAUUGUAUCGUCGAAGAGAUUGAAAAGUUUCGCGACACGAUGGAUUCGGUACCGGAAUGGGAUUUUAACGAGGAUCCGUUCGUGGUGUAUUGGAACAAGUAUUUGAAUAACGAGUUAGAUACGAUUUCGGAACCUGGAGAGAGUCCAGAUGUUUCUGUAUUAGACGCAGGGAUGAGUGGUAUAACUUUAAAGACGUUACAUUUGUGGCCUCCGGUUGAGCACUUCUUCGAUAAAUUGCACUCGGAGUUCAAAUGGAUCGCAUUCGGAGCUAUCAUCCUACAGUCUGGUGAAAGAAACCUAAAACAUUUGUUAGCCAAAUUGACAGAUACAGAAUGGAAUUCAGCGUGUCGUACUUGGAUUUUGAAAAUCGUCCAGAAAAUCCUCCAGUGGGGUACUUUGGACGACGUACGCUACAUGUGGAAUCUGUUCAAGAGUAACAUGGAUUCGAAGAAUUUCUGCGGUAUUCUCGAAACGCUGGUACCUUUAACGAUGAUAGACGCGAGCGAAUUUGAAAAAUGGACCACGGUGUUGAUGGAGAUUUGGAUCAGCGCUAGUAGCGAAUUGAAACAAUCGGCCAUCGACAUGGAACUGUGGCAUCGUAUAGGUGAACAAUGCUGCAUGCAUGUUAUUAUGAAUGGAGAAACGUCGAAUUUUCGUGCACGUCGUCAGAUCAACGAUCCAAUGAAAUUCAUCAGACUGGUGUUGAAAAGCGCAGACGUGAGUAAAAGAAUGGAAUUUUUCGAGAAGAAUUUCCGCUGGUUGAUUCUUUGGGCACCGUUUGCCGAGGUAGAUAAAUUGAUACGUAAUUUUCUGGAAUCUUACAAUGGCGAUGUUGUUAAGUUGAAAAAAUCACUCGCCAAUUCUCAUCUCGUUAUUGAGAGAUGUGUGUCAGUAUUGCUGAGAUUUGGCGAAUUCGACGAUUUUGACGCCGUGCUAUCGUUUUAUUUCCCCGGCGUCCCCGGCUACGUCGAAGACGACGAGGACAGAAUGCGAAGAAGUUUGAUAUGCUAUAAAUGGACGUUAAUGACACUUACACUGGGUUCAACCAUGCUCAGUAUGUGUUUAUAUUUCGCAGAUUGGAGGAAAUUAUACGAUUACGUGAAGAAAAUCAUUUCUCAGACUCGUCACAUCGCGCCAGAUGAGUUUAUGAUUACAUUGAUCGAUAUGCAUAAAUCUGAAGAAAUUCGUUUCUGGGAAGUGAAACUGCGUAAUGGCGAAAGCAAAGACUUGAGGGAAUGCCUGAACGCAAUUUUGUCUCCCAACGACCACAGAUUGGAAGAGUUGAAAGAAAAAUUCAAAGCUGAUAUGUUCAAGAUUUUAUUCGAUUGCGAUUCAUCCGCAGAUAGAGUUUUUAAUCAAGCAGACGUGCAAGAUUUCUUGCUGUGGAUUUACAACGACGAUGACAAGCUAGUCAAUGAAAACUUCAAGCAACCGGAACUCUUCUCGAAAGGAUUUUUGGUUCAGUUUCAAUUAUGUAUCACCACACGUUGCUUUCAAGCUACCAAAUCUUUGGAAGAGUUUUUAGAUUGGUGUUUUGCGACAGAAUCGGAAAAGCAGCAGUUUAAACGCAAAAUGAUAUACGAUUACCGAGAGCAUAAGGUGAUCGAAGAUUUGUUGACUCGUAGAAGGUAUCGUCGAAGCGUGUUGUUUUGGUUUUUCGACGGCGAUGCCAGUGAAAUUGAAAAGUUCACGGUGUACUGUGCACGUAAUCCAAUAAACUCGUAUUUCGACUCGGAUUUCGCUUCUGUUUGUGCUUACUCAGUGGAAAAGUGGUCGGAUUUGACCGGAAGUCAAGAUUGAAUGUUUCAAUGUGCUUAGGAUCAAUUUUUUUUCGAAUCUUCUCUGUUCCCAACAAUUAGUAAACAUUGUAAGAUGUCGAGUACGUUUGCUUAAUUUUUUCCAUCUUAUUACGAAAUGAUUUUUGUUUCCACUUUGAAUGCGUCGUAUUCGUUGUUGAUUUUAUUUGAAAUUUUAAAUACAUAAGUUGAGUAAUUUUUAUAAUGCAUUUUUUCAAAAAAUUUGUAUAUUAUUUUGUUUGUUUGUUUUUUAAUAAUAAUUGUUGUCAUUUGAAUGUAUACCUAUACCUAAUACAUACAACGUUGUCUUUUUAAAAAAAAUAUUUUUGUAA